AUGGCCCAGAUGGGGUAUUUACCAGCCAGCCAGUUUGGACAGAGUUCUCAAGGACACGUGGAGCAGCUAGACAGCCACCAUAGUGUAGGUCCCAAAGACAGUAAGACACAGGCCGAUGAAGACAUGAUUGGUGGGACACAGGACAUGGCUGACCCGCAGCCCACCGGCCUUGCUCCCGAUGACCAGUUACGCCCUCGGCAGGUCCAGACCAUAAGUACCGAUUCAGAUGGAAACACCAUUAUUGAGGUGUUUACCAUCCUUGACUCGCACAGGUUGCCGGGAGUCCCCGCCAGCAAAUGGAUCAUACUGGAGUACAAUGCAGCAUGCCAGCCCGUCGGCUUUAGCUCCAUGAGGUUUAAACGGAUGGCUGGAGACGUAAUAAGGAGCGAAAAUUAUGUCCGAAUACCGGCCAAUUGGACGAAGGUACCGCAGCGUACCAAGGAGGAUAUUUGGGACGCCUUGAUGUUUGAACAUGUGCGAGCAUACUUUUUCGUCCCGCCAGAAUUCAAUUUGCAAGCCAUAAAGAAUGAAGCAUUCAGGGAUAUGGGAUCAAAGCUGCAGACUUGGAGGCACGAGCUUAAAAAAGUUUGUGGCAUUACGGAGGAAGAUACUCCGAAUACUGUACGGGCAAGAGUGGGGGAACAAACACUCUCUGAGUACAAUGCCGAAGACAUGGAGAUCUUAUUGGAGAGAUGGUGUACUCGGGAGAAUAAGGACUAUGCGGCAAAAAUGAAGAGCUUGCGAGCAAAAAAUAAUACGCCCCAUUGCACCGGAUCGAAGAGCUAUGCCAGGGCGACACAUGAGGAGGCCAUAUGUCUGGGCACUUAUCCUACUCGUGCACAGAGUUACAUCACCACGCACACGAAGACGGACGGUACAUAUCCGAAUGAUAUAGUGAAGGAGAGAUGUGAAAUGAUGAGGGAGCUUAUACCCACCAACCCUGCAGCGUCGUCUAGCGUCACAGAGGGAACGGUCAAGCGGGCGCCAAACGACGCGUAUGCACAGGCGCAUGGAAAUAAGCCUGAGUACGCCGGUAGGGUUCGGCAGGCUGGAUCGAAUAUUCUGCCUGUGCGGGGGUCCAUAUGCUCAUACUAUACACCGUCACAAGCACGGUCAGAAAACACCAGGCACUCCAUGAUAUCACAAGAAACGCUUGACGGAGCUCUUGAGGCGGAGAGGGCCAAGCACAAGGAAGAGAUAGAUGCAUUGGUGGCCGUGAACAAUGCACGUCAGGCAACGUUUGACGCCCGUUUGCGCCAGAUCGAGGAAAUUGUGCGGUUCAGCUCCGCACCAGACAGAGAUUCCCCACCCAUUGCGGUGGUGCCAUCGUCGAUCGAUAGUGGAGCAGGUGAUGGACAUCAUGGAGAGGAUGCUAUGAAUGUCAAUAAUUCGCAUUGA